AGGAGAACAUCCUCUCAACUUGACAAUGGUGUCUCUGAAGCUGCAGGCCCGUCUGGCGGCGAGCAUCCUCGGCUGCGGCCGUGCUCGCGUGUGGCUGGACCCCAACGAGGCGAUGGAGAUCCAGAACGCGAACUCGCGCAAGAGCGUGCGCAAGCUUGUGAAGGACGGCUUCAUCAUCCGCAAGCCGGUGAAGGUGCACUCCCGUGCCCGCUGGCGCAAGAUGAAGGCGGCGAAGGACAUGGGCCGCCACAACGGCGUUGGCCGCCGCGAGGGUAGCCGCGAGGCCCGCAUGCCGAGCAAGGAGCUGUGGAUGCGCCGCCUGCGCAUUCUGCGCCGCCUGCUGCGCAAGUACCGCGCGGAGAAGAAGAUCGACCGCCACGUGUACCGCGACCUGUACGUGCGCGCGAAGGGUAACGUGUUCCGCAACAAGCGCAACCUGAUGGAGCACAUCCACAAGAUCAAGAACGAGAAGAAGAAGGAGCGCCAGCUUGCGGAGCAGCUUGCCGCGAAGCGCACGCGCGACGAGCAGAACCGCAACAAGUCCCGCAAGCAGGAGCUGAAGAAGCGCGAGAAGGACCGCGAGCGUGCGAAGCGCGACGACGCCGCCGCUGCUGCGCAGAAGAAGAAGGCCGAGGCCGCGAAGAAGUCCGCUGCCCCUGUUGCGAAGAAGGCCGCCGCUGCGCCGGUGAAGGCCGCUGCCCCGGCGAAGGCUGCCGCUCCGGUGAAGGCCGCUGCCCCGGCGAAGGCUGCCGCUCCGGCGAAGGCCGCUGCCCCCGCGAAUGCCGCCGCUCCCGUGAAGGGUGCUGCGCCGGCGAAGAAGUCGAAGAAGUAA